AAAUUCAUUUUGUUCAAUUUUUCAUAAGAACUUAUACUCUAAAUCCGAUCAUUUAUUUAGUGGGCCGGAAAACUAAAACCCUAAGCCUAGAAUAUAUAAAUCGACUCCUAUUACACUCUUUCUUUUCAUUUUGUGAAUAGCUCUAGGCCGCCGAACUCUGAAUUUUUACCUGUUGGAAGCAAUUUCUCUAAUCCAAAAGCUUUUCAACAGAUUGAAGGUAUCAGAAAAUGGCGUACGCUAUGAAGCAGACAAAGCCAGGGAUGGAGGAAGCUGUAGAGCAAAUCCAUAAAAUAAGAAUCACUCUUUCCUCGAAGAACGUUAAGAAUCUCGAGAAGGUAUGUGCUGAUCUUGUACGAGGUGCUAAGGACAAGGGUCUCAGGGUUAAGGGACCUGUAAGGAUGCCUACAAAGGUUCUGAGGAUUACAACAAGGAAGGCUCCUUGUGGUGAAGGUACCAACACUUGGGAUAGGUUUGAGUUGCGUGUCCAUAAGAGAGUGAUUGACCUCUUCAGUUCUCCUGAGGUGGUGAAGCAGAUCACCUCAAUCACCAUUGAACCUGGCGUUGAGGUCGAAGUGACCAUUGCAGACUCUUAGGUGUGUUGGAAUGGCUAUUCCUUAGGGCUUAUGUAGGUCUCCUCAUAGUCUAUGUUAUCUUUCUGAGAAUUUUGGAUUUUACAAUUACAAUCACAAUAUUGUUUUGCGGAGAGUUAUAACUUACAAGACUAAAUUUAUCUCUUGUUCUUUAUAAUUUAUUCUUUUUGGUGAAAUUGAUGAUAUUAUUAAUGCAAAAGAGAUUUUGGGUGUAUGUAAUUCUCUCAGCUCUGCAUGUGAAGAGCAGUAAAUAUCCUUUUGAAUGUUA